AUGUGGCCGAGUAUGAGGCUUGCAUCCUCGGACUUCAAGCCUGUCGAGAUGGGUGUGGCCAAGUUAAUGGUAUUUGGAGAUUCGGCACUGAUCAUAUUACAGACAGUAGGUGAGUGGAAGACCAAGGAUGCCAAGUUGCUCCCGUACCACGAGUACUUAGAAGAUCUGGUAAAGGAGUUUGAAGAAAUUUCAUUUGAAUACUUGCCAAGGUCUCAUAAUCAAUUUGCGGAUGCACUCGCGACUUUGUCAUCUAUGUUACAAGUCACUGAUGGGUUAGAGGUUGAGCCUUUGAAGAUAGAGGUGUUGCCGAAGCCGGCUUCUUGUAUGAUUAUAACGGAAGAACCCGAUGGAAAACCGUGGUAUUACGAUAUCAUGAACUACAUUAAAAGGCAGGAAUUUCCCAAAGGAAGCACUCCUUCCGAUAGGAAGUACAUCACGAAGAUGGCCUCAAAAUUCUUCGUCGGUGGUGAGAAUUUGUACAAGAGAUCCUAUGAUUCAGUUUUGUUACGGUGUGUGGAUGCAACCAAAGCCACUCAAAUCAUGCAAGAAGUGCACGAAGGAAUAUGUGGUCCUCAUAUGAAUGGGCACAUGAUGGCCAAGAAGAUUAUGAGAUUAGGCUACUAUUGGCUCACACUAGAAAGUGACUGCAUCAAGCAUGUACGGAGUUGUCAUCGUUGCCGAUCCAUGGCGAUAAGAUAA